CCCUAAAAGUAAUAAAUUAUUUUGGAAUCGAGUAGUAAAUAAUUUGAGAGAAAAAAAAUAACACAGAUGAGAUGAAGGAGUAAAUUAAAAUAGGUAGUAACUGGUUUGAAUGUCCUCAACUUGCGAUAUCUCACCUGCGUUUUUUUUUUGGUUCCUCUGUUAAUCUGUGCUUCAUGGUUCCGAAGCUAACCCUAACGCCCCCUCACGAAGCCGAAAACCAAAUCGAAUUAUCUCUGAGACAAUCCUUUGAAUCCCUACAACCAUCCUUGAAACCACCCUUCUCCUUAACCAUUCCAAAUCCCGAUGAAUACGCUCACCUUAACCGCGCAAUUCUUCACGCCAUUCUCACCGAACCCCAAUUCGCCAAAAUCCACGUUAAGCACUUGCACGCCCUCGUCACCGACGGCUACGCAUUUUUCACCAACCUACUCCUCAAAAUCGUCCACCACCUUUACCCGAAGCUCACAGGUUCGGUUAAAAACCAGUUGCUUUGGAUCACCGAUGAAGUGGUUCGUGUCUCAGCGAUUGGCUAUGACGCUCUCUUGGUUUUCCUUAUGAGGCAAAUCGUUGGAGGCGAUUUCAGUGACGGUAAUUUGUGGUUAUGUACGAAAUUGUUGACUCUUUUAUUGGAUAAAUGGGAUUGUUUAUUAGAAGAAGCACCCCAUGUUUUGUGUAGUGCAUUGUAUGUGUUUCUUCGAGUUUUGGCUGAUCAUUGUAGACUCAACGUUGAAAAGUUGGAGUCUUUGAAACGUUUGGAGGUUCAUUUUUGUGUGAAGAUAGUGAGAGAAGAGUUUCACUUGUGUUUGAAAAUUGGGAGGGAUUUUAUUAGGUUGUUGCAGGAUUUAGUUCAUGUUCCCGAGUUUAAGUCUAUAUGGAAGGAUUUAAUGUUGAAUCCAUCUAGGUUUAAUACUUUAGGAUUUGAGGGUGUUUCUCAGAUUUAUUGCACUAGAACUUCAAGUAGGUAUGCUUUGCUUAGGAUUACUCCUGAAAUGGAGACCCAAUUGCGGUUUUUGCUUACACAUGUGAAGCUUGGGCAUCAAAAGAGGCAUUUUAUGUGGUUUGCUAGGAAAUUUCUAAGUGAGAUUGAUAAAGAGACUGUUAUAGUUGAUAUAGUUAGGUUUAUAUGUUGUGCACACCAUCCCCCAAAUGAGAUUAUUCAGUCUGAUGUUGUUCCUAGAUGGGCGGUUAUUGGUUGGCUUUUGACGUCUUGUAGGAGGAAGAAUUAUGUUGAGGCUAACGUGAAAUUGGCUUUGUUUUAUGAUUGGCUCUUUUUUGAUGAAAGGGUGGAUAAUAUUAUGAAUAUAGAGCCUGCAAUUUUGUUGAUGGUGCAUUCUGUUCCCAAAUAUGUGGACAUGACUAACACUCUACUGGAGUUUUUGUUACUUCUUGUGGACAACUAUGAUAUGGAACGUAAGGAUAUCAUUGUUAAAGGUGUCUCAUCGGCUUUUCGAUUGCUUGUUAGCAAAGGCGUGAUUCAUUCGCUUGAUGUUUUGACUUCUUGUCCUGCAUUGUCCCCUCCUCUAAAAGAGCGACUGAGUAGGCUAUUAUCAUGUGGAAAGCUUGGAAGUUCUAAAGGAUUUAUGCCAGCUUUAUCAGGGGAGUAUAUAGCAAGCAGUGCACACAUAUCAAGGCCCCUUUCUUAUAAAUUCAAUUGUAUUACUCGGUCAGCCAGGGAAACAAAUGGUGUAAUUUCUGCAAAAGUUAUGUAUCAAACAAUACUUCCAAGCUACAACACCAAUUUUCCUAAUCAUGGGCUUAGCUAAGUCUACAAGGACAAUGUCACCAAGAGGCUGACUGCUAUGAGAAAGAGGAUCCUGCUAAGGAGAAAGGACAGAAGGAAACAACUCAACUGUGAGUAUUGAUAGUAAAACUAAAUUAUUGAUAGGACAGAAGGAAACAAUCCUUCCAGUGUGUUCAAGAACCAACUGCGUUCCUGUAGAUGAAGUGCUCCAUGCCUAAGAAGUACUGAUAAUUAAACACGACACAAUUUUUGAAUGAAUUUUGAAAAAUCUUAUAAUUUUAUUAUUUCUAAACAUUAGAGUGCAUAUGAUAAGGCCAAAGCACAUAUGUUUCACUUACCAUAAUUUACUCUUUUUUGACAUUCUUUAAGCAUAACCAGCUCUUUGUAAAAGCAUAGAUAAGAAAGGAAUGGGAGGAAGGAAAAGUAUUGAAUAUAAGAGUAGUUGUUUUCAGUAUCAUAAUAAUUCUCAGGAACCAGUUGGAUUGCUGGAUUGCAUGGGGUUAGAAUAUUAUAAACCGUACUAUUAGCAAGCGUAACCCUCCAACUAAAAAUUCUUAUGUGAAGCAUAAGUCUUAUGAGCCAAUCUGAUUGUGUUUCUAUGUACAAUUAUAACUGUUUGUGUCUGUUGUAAUUGCUUAUGUUUGUAAUUAAAUUGAAUGCAUGUUCGGUCAUGCGUUGUGUCA